GUCCGCUGCGCUGGCUGUGCCUGCAGCCUACUCGGCGGGCGGCGGUGGCAGUGGCGGCGACGGCGGCGGCGGCGGCGGCGGCAGCGGGUGGGGGGCAUGGCGGACGUGGGGCGCAGAGGCCCACCGAGUCCGUGACUAGCUGCGCCUCCUAGCGGGGAUCCCGCCAUUCCCGGCUCCCCAGGGCCCCCCACCCGGCCGCCACUAUGUCACAGGAAAUCAGUGAGCAGGGCUCGGAAGCGGGAGAUGACAGUCUAUCCGCGAAUACCUACGAAUCAGACUUAGAGAUGAAAUCAAAAAAGAAAACUUUUCACAAAUAUCCACCAAGAUCACCAAAGUCUCCCUAUCACACUAAGCCUAAACAGAUUGCAUCUUGGAGAUAUUUAAAGGCAACAGGGGCAAUGCCUCUCAGUGGCAGAAUGGCUUUAACCCCGCAGAAACUAUGGCUUGGACCUUCAAAACAAGGUCAUAGUCCUGGGACCCCUGUUUAUAGAGAGAAGGAAGAUAUGUAUGAUGAGAUUAUCGAAUUGAAGAAGUCAUUACAUUCUCAAAAAGGUGAUGUGGAUUUUAUGAAAACAAAGCUUCGACGAUUAGAAGAAGAGAACAGCAGAAAGGAUCGGCAGAUUGAACACCUCCUGGAUCCUAAUCGAGGCUGUGAAUUUGCCCGGAGUAUGGUUGACAAAAGGCCUGGUACUGGCUGGGUCAUUAAUGGACUAAAACAGAGGAUUAUCAAGUUGGAACAGCAGUGCAAGGAAAAGGACAAUACUAUCACUAAACUUCAGACAGAUAUAAAGAUGACUAAUUUGGAAGAAAUGAGGAUCGCCAUGGAGACUUAUUAUGAGGAGAUCCAUCGUCUCCAAGUUCUUUUGGCAAAUACUGAAACUACAGGAAAGAAGUCCCCAACUGACAAGAAGUCAACUCAGAAAAGGCAGAAGAAAUUGAGUGCUACUGUCCUGCACUUGUCCAGGAAUGUUCAAGAACUUCAGGAGGAGAACCAGAGCUUGAAAGAAGAUCUGGACCGUGUGCUAAGCAAUUCCCCUAUUUCUAACAAAGCAAAAGGUUAUAGUGACUGGAGUAAACAGAGGCUAAUGAGACGCAUCUCAGAGUUGGAAAAGAAAGUGGGUGAGCUCGAGAACACAGGAUCUCAUUCUCCAGAACAGGUCAGAUUGGUUCCCUUGAUUCAGUCAGCACCAAACACAGCACAGCAGGAUCUGCUGAGAUCUGAGAACUCUGAGGAGUGUGAGCGACUUCGAGGGAUAGUGAGAAAGCUGAAGGGGGACCGGAGUGCCCUGCAAGCUCAGCUGUCUGAUAAAGAUUUGGAAAUGAAGCAGUUACUACAGGCAAAAGCUGCUUUGGAGAAGGAGCUGAAAAAAGUGGAAGAUACAGAGAAAGACAGAAAAGAGAAAGAAGAUACCAUGAGAGAGGAAAUUCAGAGACUUACCAAGAAGUUGCAAGCGACGGAAGUAGACCAGAGAAAAAUUGAAGAUGACCCCAUGGAGAUAACACAUGAGGCUCAAGAAGAUGCCUUUAUCUCCUCCAACAUUGCCUAUAUCCAGACUCAGCAAGGUACUCUGUCGAUUUCAAGUAAUGUGUCCUUUCAGCCUCCCAUUUUCCACUCUGAUGCAAGAAACAAAGUGCACAGAAGAGAUAAAGCUGCCAGAAUUAUCCAAACUCAAUGGAAAAUAUUCAAGAGAAAGAAAAAAGAGGCUAAUCUGGAUGAGGCGGCUGCUGUGCUGCAGGCAGUUUUCAGGGGACAUUUAGCACGGGAGAAGCUGUUUUCGAGCGAUACAUUUGAUUCAGAAUCUCCCAGCAUGCCCAGCUUUCCAAAUAAGAGAUCCAACACAUCCCGCUGUCAUAGUUCCUCAGUUUUGAUGGCUGAUGACAAGGAGGAAGACGAGGCUAUUGCAGUCAUCCAGUCGAUUUUCAGGGCACACUCAACACGGAUGGGAUACCAUGCAAAAGCAGCCUCUGAUUCUCCCAUAAGUGAAAAGAAACCUAUUUCAGCAGUAUGUGAGAAAUCAACCUCUCUAGUCUCUGCACCAUCUUCUCUUGGUAAAGAAGAUAGUGAAGUUAGUAGUGAAGAGGCUGUAGAAGAACUACCAGCUGACGAUGAUGAGAGUAUGCAGCCAAGAGAGCUGAAGGCACUGGUUCAUCAACCCUGUUGUGCUGUUUCCUCCCAUACCCGAUUGCAGUCCAUUGUUGCUCCACCGGCGGAUGAAGUCAGCUCCAACGAUUCCGAUGAUAUCGUCAUCUCUCCAUCUCUGCCCGUGAAGAAAAAAAACUCUCCCCAUGUUUAGCUCUAGGCUUUCAUAACUGCCCCACACAUGAAACCGUUCUUUUAUUCUUGGAUGAGGUUAAGGCUAAAAGCACAUAGGACCACCUUGAGCCCUUAUUCUCUGAUGCUGGAAGAGCAGUUUGUUUGGUAGGGAAAUGACAUCUAUUUACUCUUCUUAGAGAUUUAAAGCACCGAGCUAGCCACAAUGCAAAAAUUAUGAUGAGUGGUAGAGAAUCAAAGAAAGAUUCAGGGGGAGUCAAGGGUAGUCUUUCCAUUUGUUUUUGAAAGCGUCAUUAUCAGCAUUAUUAGCAGAUGAGAGUUAUAUUUCAAAGAACAAAAGCUGAAUUUCCGUUUCUUGUAGUAGAGCUCUUAUGGGCAUGAUACCUCCCACAUUCCUGGGCAUAUCCACCCAUCUGCUUUAGAGCUCUCUACUGUACAACUCUAUAAAAUGGAACUGGUGAUUAUGUCACUGGGAAAAUAGAAAUUAAAAAACACAAAAUUAUAAACCAAAGAUGCUACAUUAAAAUUACUUUUGAAAAUGUAUUAGAUUGGCUUAGCAGAGUGGCCUUACAAAGCCCAGCUGUCAGUGACUGAGGAGAGGCAAAGUCACUGAUCACAAAGUAAAAACAAAGUCCUCCCAUUCUGACAUAUAAAAAGCUCUUGGUUCUCAUCAUCAGUUGUUUUGUUCCUGCUGCAUAGUAAAGACCACCCUUAAACCUUGAGCAGCCCUAGCCCUUGUGAUGGCUAUAACUAACAGUAGGCCAAGUACUAAAUUCCUCCAGAAUCCAGCUGCCCCAAAUGGAAAGAGCUGCCAUACUUGGAAGGAACAGCUGAAACACUAGGGAUUGUUUGUAUCAGAAUAGCACCUCAUCUUCUAUGAGAAAUAUUUUUUUCCUUAGAAAAUCACAGAUUAGUACUUUUUUAAAAAAAAUACAGAGAACCAUCUUCCACUUAAAUGGAUAUAUAUAAGAAUUAGGAAAAGGGUGAAACUUCAAAAUGCCUCUUGGUCAGAAGAUAUGUAAUGCAUUUUUAGAAAACAAGAUCCAGAUAUUACAUUAAUGCCCAGCUUUCUGGAAUCUUAUUCUAAGGGUUCUGGUACAAGCUCUUGGUUCUGCACUCAUUUCCUUGUGGCCUGCUCACAUUGUCAGCAGGGAAGCAGGUGAGAGAGAGUGAUUUACAUGAUUCUUCUGUCUAAUGACCAGAUGAACUGUCUCCAGUGCUCUGUCCCCUUACAAAGUUCUGUCUCCAUCAUAAGUGUGGCGGGAUCAAAUCAAUCUAGUAUUUAGAGUCUAGAGGUCAUAUUUGUACUGUCUUCUGGAGUAAUCCUUCAGUCUACACUAGUUCCUUUCUCCAGUUAGGCAGUUUUUAUAACACUAGUUGAAAAGUGAAAAAUUCAUUCAAACAAAAAUCUUUUUGCUUUGUUAAUAAUUUUUGUGGUGUCAAAUAAUUGUCCCUUAAAAAAAUUUGUUUUUGACUGGUGGCUUGACCAAGCUGAUUGGUGGUUUUGGCAUUUGGGGUAUUCAGCCUCACAUUUAUUUCUUUGUGAUCUUCCUCCUCCUUCCUUUCACUCGGUUCCAGAGCUAAUAUGUUCAAUAAGGCAUAAGCACCAGGAGGAUUCAGUUAAAUCGAAGAAAUCCAUGCCUGUAACUGCUCAGUCAGUAUAGGUUAAAAAUUAAAAUUUCUAUUUACUUUUCCCCUCUUGAAAAAAAGAAAUUUAUUCAAUUUCUUUCUGUGUCUGCUUUUUAACUCUUAGGAAUUAAUGAUCCACAAAGUUAUUUAUACCUUCCUGGGGAGAGAGUGAGGGGAGGGGGUGAUAGCCUUCCUUUUUCUGUUGGGAGAUUUGGUUGUGUCUACCUUUGAGCCCAAAGCUUCUAGUUCAGAUAAGGCUGUGGAUGAUGACAGGAUAACAGGCAACUGUCAACCCAAACCAUGAUUUUUCCUGGGGCAAACAAGUUCAACGUGCUUCUGUCAAGUCAGAGAAAUUUGAUUCCUCUCUAGAAUGUCAAGAGUGAGCCUGGAAGGAGGUACAGAUGACCCUUAUAAUGUGAUCUGUAGGUGUCUGUUGAAGUAAUAAAUUGGGGGAAGCCCAACCCAUUUUCUUCAGCAUUUCUAAUAUGAUAAGAGAAUUAUUUUUGUUAGUAGGCUUAAUUUUUCACAUGGAUACCAAGUAAGAAUUGUAAAUAUGAUUAUUCUUUCCAUAUGUUAUACUUCAAUACUGCAUCUAAGGGCUUUUUUUUUUUUGGAGAAGAGGUAAAUACAUAAGUUCAGUCUUUCAGCUGCCUGAACUCCAUCCACAACUAGACUUUUGCCAGAGCGAAUGCUCUUUGCAUUUCUGUCAGAGCAAGAGAAUCCCUUUUAGCAGCGAGGGGUACGUACUACUCUGGUUUCCUGAAAUGCCUGUGCUCAGGAAUUUCCAUAGCUCUCUUCCUGGAGAAAAGCAUAGGAUGUUGUCAGCUUUUGCUGUGUCUUAACGGUUGCCAUUCUAUGUAUGGUCCUUUCUGUUGUGUGCUACUGAAGUUAAAAUUGGCAGAAAAAAGCUGCUGCUAAUAGUGUUUGGUAGGAAGAGAAGAUGUGCCAAACCCAAGUGUGACUUGUGGGUAUGAAGAGAAAGGGAAGCUUCCCAGGCUGACAUGCCUAGCUGAAGAAAAUAGGCCUCUUUCUCCAGAUUGUGCAUUUUCCUUCAGUUGAAAAAGAAUCUCUCUUAAUAUUUUGCUGCCUACAGUAUGACCCCUUCCACAAUCCAUCUGUAUACUUGCACCUUUAUUUGCAUUCCCUAGGAAAUUGUCCAUUUGCCUGAGCAGAAAACAAUUGGAUUUACUGAAAAUCAUUUAAGAACCUCAGAAGAAAGCCAAAUGCCUAUAUGAGUGUUUCUGGAUCAAUCUCAAGGUGAAGAUUUGAGAAGUGAGAAUUCUCACUGUUUGUAGAAUAAACUAGGACCUUAAUCCUGAAGACCAUGUUUUCACAUUGCGAGAGCCUAACUAUAUUCUGAUAGUCUCCAUGAGUAGGCUCUGGCUCAGCCACCCACCUAAAGAUGGUGGCUCAUUCCUCUGAAGGCAGAAGGACUUAUAUUGCUACCUCCACAUCCUCUCUUGGAGGAGGAAAUGGCAAACCACUCCGUUAUCUUUGCCAAGAAAACCCCAAAUGAGGUCAUGAAAAGUUGGACGUCCCUGAAAAACGACUGAACAACUUAACAGCUUCUCUGGAUAAAUAGAACUACAGGUUGUAGGCCUAUUUGCUUUACAUCUUUCACCCCAACACCACUGCAUUCCCUUGAAAAUGUAAAAUGUAUAAGGAAAGAAUCAUUGUUCUCAGCAUGUAGAAAGUUUAAUUUUGAAGAGAAAGAAAACACAAACUUUCUCAAUUUCCGACAUCCUCUUCAAGUAGAAGUGAUGGUAUCCUCUGGGAACAGAAAGCUUAAUUUCAGAUAUGGAAUUUUUCAUCAUUUUUCUCCCAGAUGUGUGCAUGUGUUUGUUUUUUAAAAUAUCAGUAUCCAUUGUUGAGAUGGUGCCUGAUAAAGUGAUGCUUCCAUUGAAUUUAAGGGACUGAAAGGGCUUUUUAUCUGUGGCUUAUCAUAGCUCACACCAGCAUUCUCAGCCAAAGGAAACUGGAUGGCUGCUUCACAAUGAGGCUUUUUCCAUUUUAUCUCUUCAGUGGAAAUACUGUCAGAACAGUUUCCAUGGGCAUCUGCUAGGAACCCUCCAUCCCAGCUGCUGCCCAUUCUGAGGAACUGACCUUCCCCACUGGAUGAAUUACCCCUGCUGAGCUUUCACAUCCAUAAUUGUUCUCUUCUAUAAGGAUGUGGGGGAAAUACCCUUGUCAGAAACUGGGGACGAGUUGUUCCAUUAGGUUUUCUGAAGAUGCCCUUAGAGCUAUGUGGGAGUAAUUUCUAAUUAAUCUAAGUGGUAGUACAUUUGUAUGGAUCACUUGCUUCAGAUUCACCCACUGGGUCUGGGGAUCCUGGGGAAAGAAAGGGGGGAGGGGUGCAGGAUAUGUGGAAUAUGCAGGUGUCAAGGCCAAAGUGAUAGCUUCACAGUCUCUUCUGAGUAGAAAGAUAUUUAGAUGAUGCAGAUUGUUAAAAGGGAACUCCAUUACUGAAUUAGACAGUAAUGAAAAACUAUUAUCUGCACAUUAGAAUCCAUUACAGGGACACUUAUUUUAAAAACUGAACUGUAAGAUGUUUUAAAUGGAGUUAAAUCUAAGAUGCUGGAAGUAUUUGUGUUAGUGUCUUAAUCCCAGAGAAAGGAAUAACUAUUGCAGUGGAAGGUGUGGCUUGGCUGCUUCCCAUAGGAGAAAGGGAUUUGAGGGCAAAGGGAAGAAGUGCCCACUUAGAGGGUUAAACUGAACACUGUCUAGACAGGGCAUGUCUUCCAAUAGACUGUGAAAUGCAAUAGCUAUAAAACUGCUUAGACUUGAUGAUGGGAAGCGGGGUAAAGGUUAUAAGGGGAGUGGGAAGAAGCUUAAAAUGUUAGGAAUAUUUACUUUUUUUCUUAUACCAUUCUUAUUCAAGAAACAUUGCAAAAGGAAAUUAAUGAUUCUGAUUAAAAGGAUUUCAUUGGACCUAUACUCAUCAUUACUCCCAAAAAGGAAAAUGGAAGAAAGAAAUGUAACCUUGGUUCUUCAAAUGGAUCAGAGCCCAUUCUCCUCCUUUUCCUCUUUCCCAGCGACAAAGCCAAUUGAAUUUAGGAAAAAGAUCAACUUGGCUUGGAUCUGUCAAGACAGGUCCAGCCAAGGUUUGUGUCCAAGAAAUAAAUGCUCCCUGCAGAAAAGACCAACGGCCUUGUAAAGUCUUCAAGGUACAAAUGAAAAUUAAAUGCCAUUAUAACCUGUCUAAUCUAAUUGCAAAGGUUCCAUUUUCUUGUUAUGGAAGCUCAGUCUGCUCAAAUGUUGCUCUUCCUCCAUAAUCUAUAGGGAUUUACAGUAGACUUGAGGAAGCAAGAGUGUGAUGCAGCAUGUACAAUAGCAUGAUCCCUUGGCCAGAUUCUGCACUUGCAUCUCUCACGCCAUCCCCUCUUCAAGUGCCUAUGUCCUAAUAAAUGUGGUAUACUCUUUUACCCAGUCCUGUGCUGAUCAUGGUUAAAUAAUUUUUUAAGUUGGAGAACUUAGGAAGACUCUUAAAAAGAAUGAAACGUAAAACUAUUAACUUGGAUUGCUAGAAAGAGAAUUGCUUUUAAUGGUUUCUUAAAUUUUUUAUUUAGAACUGUUCUAAUCUUGUAAAUAAUUUAUACAUGAAUCUCUUGGAACGGGAAAGGUUUUUACUUUGCCUCUCAUUAGUCUUUAUAAAUAAAAGUUGUUUUGCAGAAUAAUUGUCUUGAUUG